AUGCAGAAGCCAUCCAGGUGCUGUACGACUCUACAAGUCGUGCACAACAAUUUGCCGUUCGUUGUCGGGGAAUGGGAUGAAUCCCAGCUUCUGCGCGCCGUGAUCACGAAGGAAGAGUUCCGAGCUGUUGUGAACAGGCAGACCAUAACGCAUGCGGUUGUGGAGCUGUACGCGUCCGGCGUGGUGGAAAUGACACACGUCAUUCGCUUCAUCGGUCUCCGCCUAUACUACAUUGACAACGACUGGAAGUUUGGUUCAAUUCUCCUUGGGACUCGUCACUUCAAGCCGCUCUACGAUUUCUUUGGGGCGACGACGGACGGCGGACCCGACGUCAAGUGGAUGAUGGAGUCUGGAUUACGCCUCCAGUGGGAGUGGUGCUGGCCCCAUCUUACCAAUGCCGCUACGAAGGCAGCUUUUGGCAUGACAGGUGAUCGAAACCCUGGAAUGCGUUCUUUGCUCAGCAAGGUGACAGUCACCAUUUAUCAGGUCGACGCUCUUGGGGUCGGCAAGGAAAGGAAACUAGUCGACUACAAGCCCCAUCGCUUUAUGGGGUUAACUCAAGUAUUUCGCCGUAUUGUGAAACACUGGGACGUGCUCGAGUUGUGGUACGAGGAGCGCACAAGGAAAUUCGAGCGAGACGGAAAAGCUCCUCCGAACCCCUUUCCGCUAUCCGGCCAGAAGAAGCUCAUGGAGCAGCUUUUGUCGCUGCUCGUCCCCAUCUCUGCUGUGAACGUCAAGAGCCAAGCCGAAAAGGCCAGCCAAUUUGAUUCGACAAAAGAGCACGUUGUUCAUUAUCACCCCACCGAGCUACUGCCGUUAGCGGAGACCACACGGAACCUGCUGAGUCAAGCCUUUCAAACGCGGUUCUUCUCUCGGUACACUUGCCGUGAAGCGAUGAAGAAGUGCUCGUUUGUGUGGGAAAUGCAGUUGCUGCUGCACCCCCACAAAAAUAUCGACGGCAUGCUCAUGGGCAUAGUGGGUGCUUGUGGAAGAUCCCAGCAUCUAAGUGAUGGCGUGAUUGAGCGCAACAAAAGCGCCGUGAAGCAACUUGUUCUCCAGCGACUCAAGACGAUCAUGAUGUCUCUUCAACCUCCGGAAGCCGAGCCUGCGAUGAAAGUACCGGCGGCAUUCUAUCACAAUUGUGGGUUGUCAGAGGAUCUGUGCGACUUCUUGCCGCUGACGAUGCCCCGGGCACCUGAGCAACCAACCCCACAGAUGCUGCUCGAAGGUCGGGUUGAUGAGGAGCUGGACCGGUGGUUCAGCGACCCACAACUUUUGGCAGCCACAUCAGCGACCGAUGUUGAGACUGUUCUCAACUUUUGGAAGCGGAUGCUAGAGACUGGUACCUAUCGCUGUUUACCUCAAGUCGCGCGUAUCGUGUUCGCUGUUCCAGCUUCGUCGGCUCAAAUUGAGCUAGAUUUCGGGUGCUUCAAGCUCACGCCAGAUGAGGCCAAGAACGCUAUCCCUUCGAACGUGACGAUCGACUUGGGGCCAUUGAACCCCAUGGCGAUGUUUGAAAGUGAGUGGGAAAUUGCGCUGUCAAGUGCCUUAUCUCUGUCGACUGAGCUAGCCUAA